AGAACCACCGUUGAAGAUACAAAAUGGCUGCCUCCGUUUUUCAUCAGACUGGAAUAGAUGAACACGUAGCUGAUAAUAACAAUGGUUCAUCAAUAAACAUUUAGAACAGAAAAGGCAUUGUUAGUACUACGACUACUAUAUUGGUACAAAUAUUGCAUGAUUGACAUUGUGAAACUUUCGACAGUUGUACCUAAUAUAUAUGUAUAUACACACAUAUACAUAUAUAUAUAUAUAGAGAGAGAGAAAAGUUCUUUUAUUUGAGCUUGUAAGAUGUACAUGGUAUUAUUUUCCUAAAUUUUAUAUAUUUAUUGAUUAACAGCAAAUUGAAUCUUUAUUCGUGUUAAUAACAGCAUUGUUAAGCUGGCUAAUUUUUAACAUAAAUGUAAUCAUAAUUUUGAUAAGAAGAAGUUUAAAAUGGUCAAGUUAUACGCAUUAACAAUUUUAUAUAAAAAUCCAACUUCGGCAAUCGCUUUGAAGGCUGCUUAUGACGUUGAAUCAUUCUCAUUUUUUCAAAAAGGCAGUAUAAAGGAAUUUAUGGGGUUUGUCAGCAAGACUAUCGUUGAAAGAACUCAAAUAAGUGCUAGGCAGAGUGUGAAAGAAGGAGAAUAUAUGUGCCAUGUUUAUGUUCGUGCGGAUAACUUAGCAGGAGUUCUUAUCUCAGACCACGAGUAUCCUAGAAGAGUAUCUCAUACCUUGAUAACAAAAAUCUUAGAUGAGUUUGUAGCAAAAUAUGCACCUUCGACGUGGCCAACAUUGAAGGAGGUUACAACUGAUUUUCCUCAAAUAAAUGUUUAUUUGGCAAAAUAUCAGGAUCCUAAUGAAGCAGAUUCACUUAUGAAGAUGCAAAAUGAUUUAGAUGAAACCAAAAUUAUCUUGCAUAAUACACUCAAGGCUGUUCUCCAAAGAGGUGAAAAGCUAGAUGAUCUUGUUUCAAAAUCAGAAGGACUUAGUGCCCAAUCAAAAGCAUUUUAUAAAACGGCAAGGAAAACAAAUUCUUGUUGUAGUUUAGCCCCAUAAAAAAAAAAUCCUUUCAAUGAUAUUUGCUGAUUAUAUUUUCUUGUAUGUAGCUUGAAUUGAAUUAGCCAUUUUCCACUGUUAAGAAUAAGAAUCGCUUUUAAUUAUAAACCUUAAAUCUGGAAAUUUUACAUUAGAAAAAUGAAAAAAAGGACCACUGCCGGUUGUGUAUUAAAUGAAAUUAAAUAAUAACUAAAGUAUAUUUUACUAGUUUUUAUCAUUCUAUUAAUAUAAAACGGUCCAAUGUAUUUACUAUUAUCAGAAAUUAUUUUGCUUUUUAAGAACUUUGUAAAGAAAGUGUCUCCUUAUUCUAUUUAUUUCAGUUGGAAGUUACAAUUACAUUCCGAUAUUAAAUAAUUUACAUGUAAAAUUUUUUAAUAUAAACUUUAACACAUUAACCAAUUGGGAUGACAUGGAGAAUAAAUAUUGUAGUAUGAUUAUUGCUUGAACAGAA